AUGAGCCACAGGUUUAGUUCUCAGUCUGCCUUUAGCUCCAGGAGCAGGAGGGCCUAUAGCAGCAGGUCCUCCUCAGGCUUUGGUGGUGGGAGACAGGCUGUGGGGUCUGUGUCACGGGGGAGGUGUGGUGGUGGUGGUUAUGGAGGGGGCUUUAGCUCCAGGAGUCUCUACAGUCUGGGUGGUAGUAAAAGCAUCUUUGGGAGCCUAGUGGGGAGAAGUGCCAGUGGUUUCUGUCUAGGUGGAGGAGCAGGAGGAUUUGGAGGAGGAAGAAGCUUUGGAGGUGGUGGCUUUGGAGGUGGUGGCUUUGGAAGUGGUGGCAGAUUUGGAGGUGGCUUUGGGGGUGCUGGAUUUGGUGCUAGCAAUUUUGGGCUUGGGGGCUUCGGUCCUUCUUAUCCUUCUGGGGGUAUCCAUGAGGUGACUAUUAACCAGAGCCUCCUGGAGCCCCUACACUUGGAGGUGGACCCUGAAAUUCAGAGGGUGAAGACCCAGGAGCGUGAACAGAUCAAGACCCUCAACAACAAGUUUGCCUCCUUCAUCGACAAGGUGCGCUUCCUGGAGCAGCAGAACCAGGUGCUACAGACAAAAUGGGAGCUGCUGCAGCAGGUGAACACCUCCACUCGAACCAGCAGCCUGGAGCCUGUCUUUGAGAGUUACAUCAGUCAGCUGCAGAGGCAGGUGGAUAUUCUGACCUCCGAGCGGUCGCGCCAAAACUUGGAGAUCAGGAGCAUGCAAGAUGUUGUGGAGGACUACAAGAGCAAGUAUGAGGAUGAAAUCAACAAGAGGACGAAUGCUGAGAAUGACUUUGUUGUUAUGAAGAAGGAUGUGGAUGCUGCUUUCAUGGGCAAAUCAGACCUGCAGUCCAAAGUGGACACGCUGUACGGGGAGGUCAACUUCCUGAAAUAUCUAUUUGAUACGGAAUUGUCCCAGAUGCAGACCCACAUCAGUGACACCAAUGUCAUCUUGUCGAUGGACAAUAACCGCUCCCUGGACUUGGACAGCAUCAUUGAUGCAGUGCGUGUCCAAUACGAACUGAUUGCACAGAAGAGCAAGGACGAGGCCGAGGCACUGUACCAGACCAAGUACCAGGAGCUGCAGAUCACCGCCGGGAAACAUGGAGAUGACCUGAAGAACAGCAAGAUGGAGAUUGCAGAGCUCAACCGCAACAUCCAGAGGCUGCAGGCAGAGAUCGCCAGCGUCAAGAAGCAGAUUGAACAAAUGCAUGGAUCCAUUUCUGAUGCAGAGGAGAGAGGAGAAAGGGCUCUCCAGGAUGCAAAGCAGAAGCUACAAGACAUGGACGAGGCCCUGCAGCAGUCUAAGGAGGAGCUGGCCAGACUGCUGAGAGACUACCAGGCAAUGUUGGGGGCCAAGCUGUCCUUGGAUGUGGAGAUAGCCACCUACCGCAAGCUGCUGGAGGGCGAGGAGAGCAGGAUGUCAGGGGAACUGCAGAGUCAAGUGAGCAUCUCUGUGCACAGUAGUCAGGUGACUAUAGUGCAGACCUCCACCCACAGCUCGCGCAGGCGCGUGGUGGAGUAG